GGUGAAUGGAAAUGUAAAUUUUCAUUUUUGUAAGGACCCACAGUUAUCUAAAAGUUUGUAUUGGUCACGGAUAAUUAACAUUCUAUAAUUGGUUAACUUGAAAAUCCAUGUUCUGAUUCAAUCAUAUUCCAUAAUAAGCCCUUGAUUUGUAUUAUCACUAAGGAUAUCUAGGUCGUUAUCCCCAAACAUAGAGAGAAAAGGAGUGUAUAUUAGCUUAUGAUGGGGGAAGGUACAUGUACAUAGAGGCAGAGAGCUAAUUGCUGUCACACGUCUGCUACUUGACAACGCCAUACACAAAGUUCACCCUUGAAAGUUACAGGGAAUAUUUUAUGCAGUUUCCUUCCGAACCUUGGAAAUUUGAGACAUGGAAGACUUCUGUGAAUGAUACAUCAAAUUUCUGGAUAAUGAAAAUGAUGAGAAAGUGAAUUCUGUAGACAAAAAAUCAGCAUGGAGAUGGUAACAACUGAGAACUAUUUUGAUCUUACACAGUUCGUGUCCUUGAGUUGCUGUACGAUUGAGAAAAUCCGAGAGUAAUUGUAGAAUACUCUAAGGAUGCAGCAUCCUGCAGAAGAUAACCAAUCUAAAAUGGAGCCCCAUAUGCCUGUGAUGUCUGAGAGUGUAAAAGAUGCCAGUGCAGCAGGGAUUUUAAAGGCUAUUAGAGGUUCCAGUGAUAACCAUGAUCAAAUGACUAGAAUCGAGAAGGUUAAUGGGAAGAAUGGCAAAGUACGGUUAAAGCAUUUACCUAUACAUGAACGGCACAGAGUUCUUUCAGCAUUCAAGAGGAUGAUAAGUGAGGAUGUGGAAAGGAGGAUCACUGGGGCUGCAGCUAGAGAGGAAGAAUUGAGAAAAAAAUCGCAGAAAAAACAAGAAAAAAUGGAAGAAGAAAGAGAGAGAUUUGAAACACAACAGAAAGUUUUAAGAAAAUUCAAACCUAUCCUUGAUCAGUAUGAUGAGUUUGGGAUGAAAAUACAGCCUUCGGUACACAAGCAGUCUCAUAGACGGGCACGAUCUGAGACCAACAGCCCAUCAGACAGUCUCCUGCCAAAAGAUAAUUAUUAUUUGUCACCGCUCACAAGACUACAACCCAAUGAUCGCAGGAAGUCAAUUUCUCAUGAAUCUUUGCAUGUUGACAUAAUUUACAGACUACAAGGAGAUAAAAUAUCAGCUUCCCUGCCGUCUUUGGGCAAUAGUUUUGAGUCUCAGAGUAUUUCCUCAUUAGACAGUAUUCAGUCACUACCAAGUGGCAGUGUAAGUGGGGAUAAAAAUGGAAAUGUCAUUUUCAAUAAAGAAAAAGCACCUUUACCAGAUAUUGUUCCUAAGAGAGAUUCUGGAAUUGAACUUCAUGCAGAAAAUGACUACUCUGCUGAUGGUAGAGACCCCACUGGACAACUAAAGCAAUUAUCUGCUUCUAAAAAAAGAAAAGCAUUUGUUACCCAGCAGAUGAUGUCAGGUGCUACAAGUUGCUCUUUUCAAAGUUUCAACAGUUCUAAUGAAACCACUGUCACUGAUUUCCAACCAAAGGACACUAAUGUGAACAGCAGGUUGAAAUUUCCUGCUGAAAUGUCACGGACGGAAAUAAGGGAGGAGAUGUUGAAAGGAAGACUGCACACCCCUUACUGCACAGAAGAAAACAUUUUAAGGAUUUAUAUCAGCAGCACGUCAACAGAUACAAUUGGAGAAGGAAAACUCCUUACAAACUCGGUCUACCCUUAUCUACAAAAUUUGGCACAGAAAAAAGGCUAUGAGCUUCAGUUGCUGGAUCUCCACUGGGGAAUUAAUGGGCUGUUUCUUGAUGAUCACAGCUAUGCAGAAACUUGUAGGAGGGCUUUGGAGUGUUGCCUGGAGAAACAUGGACUCAAUUUUAUUUCUUUUCUAUCAGAGAAGUAUGGCCAUCCCAACCUGCCAACUGUAUUUAGUAAGGAGGAAUUUGAAGCCAUUCUCAGUGCAGUUGAAAAAGAGCGUGAUGCAGAAAUUGCAAAUUUUGUUACUGAGCAAACACGGCACUUGUCCAUUGCUAAUCCCAAAGAGAUGAUUAUGCAGUUGACCAAUCAGAAAAACAGGGAAAGCAGUCAAGAUAUAGUGGUUAAAAUGAAGAAAAGUGCAUCUAAUCCAAGUGUUCCCUCAUAUGCGCCCUCCCCUAGACGUAGUUUGCAGAAUCCAUUUUCAUCUGGAAUGGGAGGGUUAGCAGCCAUUGCUAAAGUGGCUAUUAGAACUCAAGAAAAUGAAGGUAUACAAGAAAACCCUUUCCAAGGUUUGGAGGAUCUGGAACUCCUGCAGGAGUGCUACGCUCUUGACACCAACACCUCACCACAUGUAUACAGAUUACAAAAUAUCAGUGCUCACUUCCCAGACUUCACUGAGAAGGAUGCCAGUAGAGUCAAACUUGCCCUGGACCAGUGGCAGCAUGCUGCAAGGAGACUGUUGGGUGUCCUGCAGAAGUACAGCAAGAUGGCCAAGGUCGACCAGAGAACAAUAAGAAAACUAUGCAUCUCAUUACAAGAAGAGGAAAACAGUCGAGGAUUCUUUGAGAAUGAGAACCACCAGAAUUGUGCCUGGUUUUACAGAUGUUUCAGUGACAUUCAACUCCAAGACAGCAAAGCUGGAGACUAUGUGGACCUGAUUCAGCCUGGGACCAAGGAUCCAGAUAAAGAUGUUGCAUUACAGGAACUGGUGGACAAGAUGUGCAUGGUUGAGCUUCCCAAGAACCACUACCAUCGCUUCUUGAUUCCCUGGGCAUUUGAUGGAUUCAACCCUGAAGGCAAUCGUCCGAAAAAUAGGGAGCACAAUAUAUAUGCAAAGAAGAUGUGUCGCAGCUUCCAAGAUGUGGUAGAGCACUAUAUAGAAAGCCUUCCAUAUGCCACUGCAAGUUCAAUUAAUAGCUUGAGUGGUGUAUAUGAGAAGCAUGUGACUGACAUUGUCCAGCAUGCUAAUUUUUGCAUUGAAAGGGCAAAGAGAUUCUAUGGAAGAAGUGAUCAACUUCAUUCGACAAGAAAUUUAUUGUGGUCUACCAGAAGCUCACCAAUUGUUGUACAUGGCAAGCCAGGGAUGGGCACAUCUUCUUUGCUAUCCACCAUUGCUUGUUCAGCAACAGAGUGGAUGAAAAGGGAGGACCUCAGGGUGCUGUUCCGGAGUAUUGGUCAUACUUCCAUGUCCACCAGCUUCCAUACUUUGCUUCAGGGGCUGUGCUUCCAACUAAGGCAGAUAUUCAACUUGAAUACAAGCGAUUUGAAAAGCAUGAAUUUGAAAUGGCUGAUGAAUGAAUUUGACGACUUGCUGUCCCAUGCAAAUACAGAUAAACCACUUCUCAUUAUUCUAGAUGGGUUGGACAGGUUGAUAUUAGAACAGGAUUCUGCAAAUGACCUUCAGUCUUGGAUCCCUUCCAAACUACCAGACAAUGUUCACAUCGUGCUGUCGAUGAAUACAGGAAGUGAAAUAAUGAAUCUUCUCCAACAAAAGAUUCCUGCAGAAAAGUUCCUUGAAAUCCUUCCAUUGUCCGAAGAAGUUGCUUCCAAUAUGUUCUACCACUUCUUGCAUGGGGAAGGCAGAUGUGUUACAGAUGCCCAACUUGAUGUAGUAUUAGAGGCAUUCCAGCCAGAAACUACCCCCCUUCUUGUGUAUAUGGUGUUCAGAGAAGCCUGCAAGUGGACUUCCUUCACACACAACAAAAUGAAGCUUGGCAAGACUGUACGAACCAUGGCAUUCAAUUUUGCUGGUCAUCUAGCUAAAGUACAUGGGGAACUUUUGGUGAGACGCACCUUUGGUUUUCUUUGCACAGCCAAAAAUGGCUUAACCCAGAGUGAAUUACAUGAACUGCUCACCCAGGAUUCCAGAGUUAUGGAGUUUGUGUCAACCUUGAACAAAUCUUCCUUUCCAAGGCUUCCAAGUUUUAUUCUGGUGCGUCUCCUCAACAACUUAACAGAUGCAGGAUAUGUUACCAAGAUCCUUGGUGAUGGAGGGCAAGUGUUGUACAAAUGGGCACACUGGUCUUUCCAAGAAGCAUACACAGAAAUGUACCUGAAGGGCAAAGAAUUAGUGACAUACCACAAGGCAAUGGCAGCAUAUUUCUUAGGCAGGCCUCUGGAAGAGUCAUCUGAUACUGAGAAGUACAGAAAACAGUCAGGGUGUAAUGAGCAUGUAGAAGAAGGCACAUAUGGAUUGGAAAUCAAAAGAUCGUACAACCUGAGACUUCUGAAUGAGCUUCCACACCAUUUGAUAAUGGCACAAGAGACCCUGCUGCUGAAGACCGAAUGUCUUCUCAACUAUGAGUGGUUACUGGCUAAACUGUGUUCCACUUCCCUGUGGGAGCUGCUGGAUGAUUACCACCAAGCUGAAUCCAGUAAUAGUGAUGAAGGUUCUGACAUGGAACUUUAUUUAGUCAUUGAGUCUCUCAAACGAGGUUGUCAUGUUUUGACAAAGGAUCCCCAUCAGCUUGCUUCACAACUGAUUGGAAGACUUUUUGACAUAAUGGCAAAAGAUGUCCCAGCCACUUCUGAGGAUCCAAGAAAGUACCCACACUUUCCUGCUCUGUUGGAUGCCGCUGCAAAAAGUUCUAUCCCAGUUAUUGUUCCCUCUGCCACAUGCCUUCUACCUCCUGGUUCCUUGACUGGAUUAGAGUUAGGUGGACAUCAUGGGGCCAUCACUGCUGUGACAGUCACCAAUUCUGGCAAACAAGCUGUAUCAGCAUCCCUUGACAAUACCCUGAAACUUUGGGAUCUUCAAACUGGAAGAGUUACCAAGACAAUCAAAGGAGUUGGGAAAGAAGCAUAUCACAUUAAAAUGGCCAUGCAGGACAGGUAUGCCAUUGUAUGUGAGACUUAUUCUGUGCAAAUUUGGAGUUUGGAAAAAGGUCAUCUUGUCAGAGUAAUAGAACAACUUGAGGAUUACGUGAUCCCAACAACAGCUUCUAAUGGAACAAUGUUGUUACUCUUUGUUGAUGGUGGAGAAACCAUGCAUGUGUGGAAUCUGGAUGGUGAAGUGACACAUGUCAACUCCUUUCACUUAGAGGAAAAAGAUGAAAAGAAAGAAGAAGAAGAAAAAGCUAGAAAACAGAAGAUGGAACAAGAACAAAAGAACAAGGUUCAGAUUUGGCAGAUGCUGGAAGAGGAAGAAGAAGAUGAAGAGGAUUUGGUUGAAGGUAGUCAAGAUGAUAAAAGUCCACCUGUUGAAGAAAUUCCUGAUGAAGAAGAAGUAACCCUUUCAGCCCACAGAGGAAGAUCAACAACAGUAUCCUCUUGUACCUAUGGAGACCAGAUUUUGCAUGGUUUCCGUGGUGACACUAAAGCAUAUGCACACAAUGUUCACACUGGCCAGUUAGCAUACACUAUCAACAUCAAUGACAUUGCUGCAAGGCUACGAGCUGUUGGAACAACUCCCAUGUACUUUGUGCUAGCUUGUCACUGUGAUGACCACUUUAUUUUUGAAAUUUUUGACAACAGCACUGGUCUGUACAUCCGAACCAUCAAAGGUUGUGCUAUGGAUGCCAGUAUUCAAGAUGUUGAAUUCAACAAGUCUGGAUCUCAUGCCAUUGGUUUGGUAAGCUCUCAAAAAACUGGUGCUACCUAUCUAGCUGUCUGGAACUUGGAGACUGAGGAACACAGACAUUUGGGCUAUCACUCUGGAAUAACAAACCUGGCAGCAUGUCUGAAUUUGAGCUACUGUGUGACUGCAUCAUCAGCUUCCAACAACCUUAUGGUAUGGGACAUCACUCUCGGUCUCAGCAAGAAAGUGCCAGUUCAGGGAGUUGUUGGCAUUGAAGAAAUUACAAUUCUGGAUGAUAAUCCUCGCUAUGUGGUGGCUAAGCCAAUGGACUGUAAUGGGCCAGUGACAGUGUGGAACUUGUUCAAGACUCAGUGUAAAAUCAGUGCUGUCUGUUCAGAGAGAGGUUUAGUAGAAGACAUGGACCUUCUCCUGGUGAAGAACAUGAAUGUUGUUAUCCUCACAGAUUGCAUGAUCAACAAGUACGAAGAAUAUUUCACCUCCAUUCUUGUGUUUAAUCUGGAAACCAGACAGUAUGAUCGUAUCUUGCAUGGGGCCCACAUAGAUGUUGGCCUUUCAAAUGAAUAUUUCAUGCUAAAUGGUGAGAGAGUUAUGAGUCCAUCUCCUGAUAGGACUCACUUUGUCAUAUGGAGUUUAGAAUCUGGCCAAACAGUCCUCAAUAUAUAUAAAGACAGAUCCAAACUCUCUGAUGUAAUCAAGUCAUCAGUCACAUCUCAUAGAAAGAGGGGUACAACUGCCAAAAUGUUACCAUGGCAAAGGAGAUCAGAAACCAAAACUGGUCGACAAAGAAGGCACCAGAGAGAAAUUCAAGAUGAAAAUGACCGCAUAGAAGGACUCAAAAAGGGGAAAGAGAACUUGAUUACUCAGUUUCUUGUCAGUGAUGAUGAAAAAAUGAUAGUGGCCUCAUACUUUUCAUGCUACCUGUGUGUGUUUGAUAUAACACGGGGGCGCCACAUUCAAACGCUGGUUGAUGACAAAGCAAUUCUGACCUUAGAUACAUCUGCCUUGACAUCAACUGGUGGCCACCUGGUGCACACCUACUAUGAUGAUGUUGGAAAAUUCAGCUGUGUUGUUGUAUGGGACUGCAUGACGGGAAAAGUUCAUGCCAAACUUGAAGAAGAAGAAGGGGUAUGUGCAGUUGCCAUCAAUGACAGUGCCACACAAGUUGUCUUUGGAAAUAUUUGCAAUGAAAUGGUUUGGUGGGAUUUAGAAAACCAAGUCAUGCACAAGCUUCCAACAUACACAGGCUUCCAGUUAGACAUUUACUCCACAAUCUACAUCCUGCAUAACUCCAGUAAGGCAAUGGUGCUAGCCAAGGACAUAUCUCUCUGGGAUUUCAAAAAAGGAAUUCUCUCAGUCUUCACUCCAGAUGUCAAGAUACAGUGCUCAAAAGUUGUAUUGAAUAGAACUGCUAUAGCAUUUGGGCUUCCAAAUUCUCCCACAGUUGUUACCUUAAAAUAUUCAGCUGAUAACACACAGGGCUCAUCACUUGCUGAGGCUACUAACGGACAGGAGUUGUUUGGAGAAACUCACAGCGACAGUGAGGAUAGUGACUAAAUCAAUGAUAACCA